AUGGCCAAAAAUUCCAGGCAUUCCGAGCAAACACCACUACUUUCAUCAGCAUCCGCGUCCGCGUCCACAUCCACAUCCGAUAAUUUACCGAUACUCGACGAAGAAUCCAGGUCAGAAGAACUUAAUGGGGGGCGACCAUUCCAAGCAACGGCCGGAAGCCGAAAACUAUCUUUUGUCAGAGGCACCUUGAUAUGUGUAUCAGUUUGGACCCUGAUAUUCAUCCUGACGAGCAACGUAUCUCUGAUCACGACGGUGCAAUCGCCUAUUGCCAUCGACCUCAGAGCAUCGACCGAAGUCAGCUGGUUCACGUCAACAUAUUUGAUCGCCAUUACCAGCAUUACACCAAUCGCCGGGCGAAUUUCCGCCAUCUUCGGGCCGCGGGUGUACUUGCUGGCCUCGAUUGUCAUCCAGACAUGUGGUCUUUUGGCCACGUCUCAAGCUCGAUCGCUUUCGACGUUCCUGCUCGGACGAGCAGUGACAGGUAUAGGCAGCGCGGCCGUGACGCCGGUUGCACUGAUCCUUGUUCGCGAACUCACGAGCGAGCGAAGACGAGGGCUGUUUUUCGGAUGCAUCAACACGGGAUACACGGCCGGAGUCGCCUGUGGCGCAAUCAUUGCCGGGGCUUUGGAACCGUUGGUCGGGUGGCGAGCGAUCUUCUGGCUCCAGAUCCCGUUUUCACUGGCGGCAGGGAUAGUGGCGUUCUUUACAAUCCCGGGGACUCCCCUCUCUGGCGGACGGGAAGAAGCCGACGGCGCGACCACGACCAGCAAACAGCAAUCAUUGACUCAAAAACUAUCGCAAAUCGACUACUUCGGAAUCAUCACGCUCAUCUCAUCCGUCGUGCUGCUACUCUACAGCUUGUCUUCACCCAAAGUGGAACCAACACCUAUUGUCCUAUCAGUGGUAUCAUUGAUUCUGUUCGUGCUGGUCGAGGCGAAAUGGGCCCAAGAACCAAUCGUUCCAACGACAGUCCUACGAUCACGAGGAAACUUACUCACGGGGAUUGCGACCGUCGGCGUCAUGACGGCCCGCUGGGGCGUGUUGUUCUACACGCCCACAUACGUCCUCGUGCUUCGCGGCUGGGCCCAAUCCAGCGCCGGAUUGACGUUGAUCCCGACGAAUCUGGGGUUUGGCCUAGGCGGCCUGCUGGCCGGAUGGCUGCACAUCCGUCGGUCCGGAUCGUUCUACGUCUCGACGCUGCUCACAUUCGGACUUUUUAGUCUAUCCAUGUUUGCCGUGUCGUGGAUCUCGACUCCAGACUCAAACAUCUAUUUGUAUUUGGCAGUCUUGUUCUUCAAUGGACUGCUCGUCGGUGCAUUGCUGAAUUACUCGCUCGCCCAUGUUCUGCAUCUCACUCAUCCGGCCACACAUAUCAUUGUGAUCCCGUUGAACGCCAUGUUUCGCAGCCUCUCGGGCUCGUUUGGCUCGUCUGUAUCUGGUGGAUUGUUCCUGCGGACUUUACAGCGGACUCUGCGGGAAGAGUUUGCGAAGCGUGGAAUCACGUCGGGCAAAACACAUCUGAUCAGACAGCUGAUUGGGUCGCCUAUUCUUGUGCAAAGAUUGACUGGCGUCGACCGCGAAGUCGCCUUGAUCGGCUACGAAACCGCCCUCAAGACAAUGUACCUUGCUGGUGGCAUUUUGGCGGUUGCAAUGUUGUUUGUUCAAGCUGGUGCUGGAUGGACUGCUCCGGCUGCUAGUCGUGUCAAGGAAGAGUCCGGACAACAACAGCGGCAGGAUACUGGCAUCGUUGUUGGUACUGAGUCAGACGAUACUACGGCCCUAGAGACCGCUGUUGCAGUUGCAUCUGCGGCGCCCUCCCCGGCGCAGCAGCACCGCCGCAUCACAUGA